UUUUUGAGCGUGAGCAUUCUCGUGAUUCACAAAAACAACAUUCCCAGAGAAGAUGGAGGCUGCUGCAGGCGGAAGGGCGAGCGUGAAGAGAAACUCGCGAAACACGUCUCCACAUGGGGCGGGAGGCGGACGGAAGAGCCAGGCAAUUUACGAUGCCGGAAGCAAAAAAGGCUGCUGCGGCUCCUUAUGCGUUGCAAAGAAAUGAUUUUUAUCUCAUCCGGGUGAACUGCAAGAAGGUGUAUGAAAUAAAGUGCACACUUCUAGUCUUGCUGAUAGAUUGUGAUUGCGUACUUCUACUACAGGAGAAUGAAAAUCUACACUCACCGGGUCAUAACUUUGACCAAGAAAAUGAAAAGCAAAACAUGCCUUCCCGUGAAGUGGAGCCGGCGAUUACAUCUGGGCAUUCCGAUUACUGUUAUUCUGCUUAAGGACUCUUAAAUAGUAAUAGACCCUGCAUAUUAGCUGCACCACUCAAAUGAAAUCUGCAUCUGAAUCUAUCCUCUCCAGUCGCUCGAGAUGAAAUCAUUUCUCCCUCUGCCUCCAUACCCAUGUUGUGGUUGCAACUGCGGGCUGUGGAGUUUCCUGCAGCUCUCAAUCGCAUUGUUCCUCACCAAAGACGUGUACCAGAUGAUCGAGGCGAUGGCCUACUGCCGAUCGAAUCCGGAGCUGUGCGUGAAUUUCGAGACCCUAGAGUUUGCCGCCGCUAUCGUGUGUCUCCUGGCCCUGGUGUGCAGCAUCGCCAUGUUUUUCUUAAAUUCCUUCUGCGGCGACUCCAAAUGCGGUUUUCUCUUCAUUUUCUUCUGCAUGAUGCUCAUUAUGCUGUUCGACGCCAUUUUUUAUCGAAUGCAAAAAAGUCUGGGUCUGGAAGGAUGCAAGGUUUGUCGUGCAGGUUUUCCAUGACCCAUGAGGUCUAGCAUGUAGGACAUAGCAUGACAGAUUCUGUGAGAGUUCCAUUAUGCCUAUCCUGCAUGAGAAACUGCCUCUCGAUUAGGUCAAAAGUCGACAGUUUUUGGUAUGCAUGCAACACAGAUUUUUACAUCAUUCGGAUUUAGCAUGACAAGUUGCUUUGUUCCAGACCCAGACACUUUUGCAUUUGAUAUUUUCCUCGGAUCCAAGCGGUGGCACGGCCCAAGCUUAUCCUGUGCAAAUAUGUCUGCGUCUGGGUCUGGAAGUUUGUGGUGCUAAAGUGUGCAUGAUGAAAAAACUUUCUCAUGCAGGAAAGCAUGACAAGUUUGAACAACCCUUUAUCAUACGAAUCCCGCAUGAGAAACUGCGUUUUUGUAUGACGUGAGAGGCUGCCGCUGCCACUUUUGUUGGUCUCGCAAUACAGAUUUCACAGGAAUGCAAGACCAGCAUUACAAGUUCCAACUUUCCAGACCCAGACAUGUUUGCAUUUGAUAAAGCUACGGUGGCGACAACGAUAGCAUAAAGUACCUGAACGACAUACGACUCUGGACGGGGGUGCCAUAUCCUUUGCAAAAGUAUCGUACUCCUAGUAGUAAUUGCUAUCAGGCAUGACAAAUAUCUCUUCUUUAGGUGAAUCAGCAUGACAAAUUCAAUUUUUCGCUAUGGAAAAAUUUGUGAUGCAAUAGCAAUUUAUACGAGUACGAUACUUUUGCAGUUCAUAUGCCAGGCGGGUUGUUGAUAAGCUUUUUGGGUCUGUACUACGGGGGCGCCACGCAGGACCCCCCAGCAGUAAUGAAACACUGCCCGUGGGACGAGAGAGUUUGAGGUGCUGGGAGUUGAUGUUGGCACGAGCCCAAAUAAGCAGCAUUCCAAGCGAAACACCUACCAUUUUUUCACCUGCAACAAGUGCAACGGCUUGGAUUCCCAUCGUGAUUUGGUUAGUAGGUGGAUCCCUUCGGAACGCAGAAAAUAGAAGAAAGGGAUAGCAUAAGAGGCGUCUUUGGUGUGUGUGUGUUGUGUAAAGUGUGGAGGAAGUUGGUUUCCUUGCUUGAAUUGCGAAACGCGAAAAGCGAAAAAAAUACAAAGCCGAUCCAUAACAGAACUCACACAGUAAGCAAAGAAAAGGGGGAGGCGGCUCCAGAAAUGCGAAACACGAAAAACGAAAAGAGCCCCAAGACAAUGAAUAUAGUAGGCAGAGAAAAAGCGGAAGCGGCCCACGAAAAGCGAAGCGCGAAGAAAACGACCGGGGAAAUAAUCAGCAGAAGAGGUAGAGAGAAGCGAAGGCCGACCCCGAAAUGCGAAACGCGAAAAGCGAGCCCAGCCGUUUGGCUUUGUUCUGCCUUUUUUUUCAUCACAACGAACCCCCCUCCUUGCUUUGAAUGGUAUGCACACAGCCCCGCGCGUUUUUUUUCAAUAGCGACGCGAGCGAUCUUGGCGAAGCUCCGCACUUCAUACGUUGCGCAGCUAUUUUGCAAAGGAAAGCAAAAGGGAAGGCGUCCAAUUCGUGGAGGCCCGGGCCCCGAGGGCGUUUUUGCUUGCUCGGUCUCAAUAUUGUCGCGAGGGAUGUUGCCCGCCCGUGCGCCCGCAACAGAUCGACGCGGCCCCCGCCCGCGAGGGGCUGCGCCGUCAUCAGCAGAGCCAGUCUAGCAACAUAACGCAAGCUAACAACUAACAAGCGCCGGGCCGGCGCGAUCUUCGACAGGAUACACCGAAAGGGCGCGCACGCUACAAACAUGCCGCGCGCACUACAAGCGCGCGCAUACGGGGGGUCUGGGGCGCCCGGGGGCCGGUGCAGCGCAUUUCUCCAGGGUGGCGCCGCGCGCCCAUGUGGGGGGCGGGCCCCACAUCCGGCCGGGGCAGAUCGGCGGCUGGAUGGCAGCGAGCCCCACUCGGCAAACCCAGGCUGGCCAGUGCGGACCGCCGGCGCGACCGCGAGCGCUUUCAGGGGCCGCAUUUUGCUCCGCGGGCGGAUUCUCGCUGAGAGAAGGGCUAGGCCUGUUGCCAUGGGCAAAACCUUUGCAACGCCAUCGCUUUCCAGCUCGAUGGCGCUCAGGGAUUUGCGUUGCAUUUUUCUACCGAUGAGGGGCCUGCGCUUUUUUCUUCGAACCACGAGAGGGCUUUCGCUUCAGUAAUCCGCCUGCGCUUUUGGAUGGUUGGGCUUGCUGCGGUGAACAGGGUCGCCUCCUUCUCGUCAUUAAUUUUUUGCGCGCAAUGAAUCGCGUGGGUUUGUUUGCAUUUGCUUCCAUUGGUGGAGAAAAGUGCGCGCGCUUUCAUUCUCGAGCCACGAGCGAGCUGCCAGCCUGAUUUACUUCGCCGGCGCUCUUAGGUGGAAUCUGUUGCGAUGGCCCUGGUCUCCUCGCGAAACCCUCGCAACUUUGUGCUGCCGCCCGCGCCUCGAACACGGUGGGGGCGGGGCUUGGCGCCGGCGGCCCUCAGGGGCGGGCGCCCAUCGCUGCGCCCUGCUACAUUGGUGCGCCCGCCGGGAAGUUUCUCGCGAUAUUCAUUUCGCCACACACACACACAAACAGAAGCGCCCCCACGCGAAUGCCCAGCGUUUUCGUUUCGGGCCUACGCAACAGGGCGCCAGCCCCGCCCUAGGCUGCGGCUGGUGCGACCGACCAAGGGCCCGCCGCGCCAUUUGGCGCGGCAUGGGCCAAGCGCUGCGACUGGGAUCCAUGCCUCCGCUUUCCGCGCGCCCCCCGCCCCGGCCUCUCGCCCGGCCAAAACAAAGACAGGCGGGCGGGACGGUGGUCCACGUCGAUCUGUUGUGCUUGGGCGCACGGGCGAGCCGCGUGCCUAGCGACAACGCCAAGACCAAGAGCCAACCCCCCCGGGUCCCCGGCCUCCUAGAACUGGACGCGCCCCCAUGCGCAUACAAACUAUAAGUAGCCCCGCAGGAUAUUAAGUGUGGGGAUCGUGGAUAUCGCUAGUGCGGAAGGGAAGGAGAGACAACGUCGGAGGCGGCGCCGAGCGUCGCCAAUGUCUCUACUUAGUAAGAGGCGAAGGGCCUGCCUUCUUUCCUCACCGCUUUUCGCGGGCGCUUCGUGUUGCUUUCUCUCUUCUUACUCUACUCAUUAUCAGGGAGCCCACCCCGGUCGCUUUGUUGUUUUUCGCGCUUCGCAUUUCGGAGGCGCUUCCGCUGUCUCUCUUCCUGCCCUACUGAGUAGCCACGGCCCCCCUUUUGGCUUUUCGCGUUUCGCAUUUCGGAGGCGCUUCCGCUCUCUCUCUUCCUACUCUAUUAAUUGCCCACGGCCCCCCUUUGGUUUUUCGCUUUUCGCGUUUCGCAUUUCGGAGGCGCUUCCGUUGUCUCUCUCUUCUUACUCUCCGAGUUCUCUAUUGCCUUACUUUGGUUUUUCGAUCGCUUUUCGCGUUUCGCAUUUCGGAAGCGCUUCCGCUCUCUCUAUAGUUAACUGGACAGAUCUGCGAUCUCUUUUAGGAAAUUAGGUGAAUCACGGUGGUGCUCUGCUUAUUUGGGCCCCUCCCUUGAUGUUGUGAGUUUUUAUAUAUCAGAACAGAUAGAGAUACCUUUUUUUAUUUACACCGGAGCUCUUGAUGUUGGAGACAGGACUGCUCGCAAAAAGAUGAAUUUGUGCGCCAGUACUUCUUCAUCUUCUAUCCAUGCUCUAGUAUGAAUAUGAUCAGAGACAUUUUUAAAGAACAACGGCUUGCCUCACCAGCAGUGCCUGGCGUUUGAACCUACCGCUUUACAGGUAACUGCUUGGUAGAUGUAGCUGCUGUUGAACUAUAGAAACAGAGACCAAAUAUUAACGCAAAUGACACGACGACCGUGGCACUUCGUAUUUUAGAACCUAAUCUGACGGGGGAUCACGCGUCGUGAAGUAGACGAGAUUUAUAUAUUAUGUUUUGACCCUGCGAACUGAGAGAAUCUGAAUCAGAAUCCCACUUUCAGUGUCGUGUUUCAUGACGUUAUGCGCUAGAAUAGAGCUCUCCCCGAGCACCAAGCGAAGCAGUUUUUGUUUUUCCAUGAUCGUAUGAAAACUUCACCAAAAGGCGAAUCAAUAAAGGAAGAGGGAGACCUCUCUAUCUUCAAGAAAAUCCGUCAGGAAAAAAUCGAGCCUCUUCUUGAUUCAUCAGAGCAAAGAGGAUUCGUGGUUGCAAG